AGCUUUCCAUGCGGUUGGCGAUCAGAAGGAUUCACUCGCCCCCGCCUCGGUUCAGCCCAAAUACUCCUUCGCCCCCAGCACCGCUAUCAACAAGAUGGCGCGACCAUUCACGCCGGGCGGCGGUAACACGGUCAUUAAACCAGUGACAUACGCCCCUAAAGUAAACACCCCGGCCUCAGCGCCCCCCGCCAGCAUGCUACAGCCACACAACGGCGGUCUGUCCUCCAGUGGUCUGUCCUCCAGCCGUCUGUCCUCCAGCGGUCUGUCCUCCAGCCGUCUGUCCUCCAGCCAUCUGUCCUCCAGCGGUCUGUCCUCCAGCGGUCUGUCCUCCAGCCGUCUGUCCUCCAGCCGUCUGUCCUCCAGCCGUCUGUCCUCCAGCCGUCUGUCCUCCAGCCUAAAUCUGUCCUCCAGUAGUCUGUCCUCCAGUCGCCUGUCCUCCAGUAGUCUGUCCUCCAGUCGUCUGUCCUCCAGUCGCCUGUCCUCCAGCCGUCUGUCCUCCAGCCGCCUGUCCUCCAGCCGCCUGUCCUCCAGCCGCCUGUCCUCAGUCAUGAAUGAGAAAGAUGAUCAAGCUUUCUAUGACCACCAGAUUUACCAACACGAGAAGCACGGUCUGCGGGUGGAUGGCAUCCCCAUGUUCAUCCCCAACGACCGCAGCAAGAAGAGGCUGAUCGAGGACACUCAGGAUUGGCAGCCCCACACAGGCACUACCCAGUCCCGCUCCUUCCGCAUGCUGGCCCAGCUCACAGGCACCGACUACAUGCAGGACCCAGACGAUGAGACAAUGAAGAGGGCCAGGGAAAAGUUCCUUACAGAGAUUCAGAGCCCCCGUUACGCCCGUCUGAGGGACUGGCACCACGAGAGGUCCGCACGCGCCCUCAACAUCAAGUCCUGAGCAUCACCAUGGCAACAUGCAAAGCCGGGCCUGAGCCCUAAGCGAUCGAUAGCCAUCACGACGACGACUCAAACGAUGAUAGCCCGAUAUUCAACGAAUGGCAGAUAACCCGUCAGAUAUACAGAGGGAGGAAGAAGAAACAAGUUCAUUUGAUCGAUCAAAUAGAGGAUCUAUCUCAUCAAUACGUCUGUCACCUUCACGUCUCCUCCUUGACUUGAGGAGUCAGUGUUGAUAACCUUGUGUUUGUAGCAGACCUGGGAGUCAACACAUACGUCAAAUACAUUGAUUGAUUGAUUGAUUGAUCAAAUACCUGAGGUGUGUCGGGUGGGGGGUUAACUUCGCGCCUGUCCCAAAUCAAGUGCACCUCAAGAUUUCUACAGUAUUUGACGUAUGUAUCUGACCCAGGGCUGGGUUGUAUGUUAGGAGGGGAGGGGGGGUACACAGCUGUUGGAACAGCACUGUUCAGGUUGUUCUUCCUGUUCUAUUCUUUAUUCUGUUGUUCUGAUUCUGUAGUUCUAGUUCUGAUUCUGUAGUUCUAGUUCUGAUUCUGUAGUUCUAGUUCUGAUUCUGUAGUUCUAGUUUUGAUUCUGUAGUUCUGAUUCUGUAGUUCUAGUUCCGAUUCUGUAGUUCUAGUUUUGAUUCUGUAGUUCUAGUUCUGAUUUUGUAGUUCUAGUUCCGAUUCUGUAGUUCUAGUUCCAAUUUUGUAGUUCUAGUUCCGAUUCUGUAGUUCUAGUUCCGAUUUUGUAGUUCCGAUUUUGUAGUUCUGAUUCUGUAGUUCUAGUUCUGAUUUUGUAGUUCUAGUUCUGAUUUUGUAGUUCUAGUUCUGACUUUGUAGUUCUUGUUCUGAUUCGGUAGUUCUAUUUCUGAUUUUGUAGUUCUAGUUCUGAUUUUGUAGUUCUAGUUCUGAUUUUGUAGUUCUAGUUCUGAUUUUGUAGUUCUAGUUCUGAUUCUGUAGUUCUUGUUCUGAUUCUGUAGUUCUAGUUCUGACUUUGUAGUUCUUGUUCUGAUUUUGUAGUUCUUGUUCUCAUUUUGUAGUUCUUGUUCUUGUUCUCAUUUUGUAGUUCUUGUUCUCAUUUUGUAGUUCUAGUUCUCAUUUUGUAGUUCUAGUUCUCAUUUUGUAGUUCUUGUUCUCAUUUUGUAGUUCUUGUUCUCAUUUUGUAGUUCUUGUUCUGAUUCUGUAGUUCUUGUUCUGAUUCUGUAGUUCUUGUUCUGACUUUGUAGUUCUUGUUCUGAUUUUGUAGUUCUAGUUCUGAUUUUGUAGUUCUAGUUCUGAUUUUGUAGUUCUAGUUCUGAUUUUGUAGUUCUAGUUCUGAUUUUGUAGUUCUAGUUCUGAUUUUGUAGUUCUUGUUCUGAUUUUGUAGUUCUUGUUCUGAUUUUGUAGUUCUUGUUCUGAUUUUGUAGUUCUUGUUCUGAUUUUGUAGUUCUUGUUCUGAUUUUGUAGUUCUUGUUCUGAUUUUGUAGUUCUAGUUCCGUCGUCUUUUGAUCUGUAAACUCUGUCUUUAUUAGAUCUGUGUUUUCAGGUCUAUCUUUUUUUCUGUUUUCAUGUUCUGAACGCAACUUGUUCUUCAGGCACCUCCCUCUGAUAAGAGAAAUAAAUCUGUACUGCUGUUAUCUGAAAACAGCUCCUCCUC